UGUUGUAUCCCCGCGGCUGAGAACGAGGAUGUGAAUGAAGCUACUGGCUAGGUCUUUAGCUAGCGUCAACAGUAUCACUGUGAUAAACUUGAGGAAAUGUGCACAAGAACCCAUGGGACAAUCAAGACACAGUAGGACCUGUUUAACGUGUGACCUCACUGGACCUCACUGCAUUCAGAAUAAACCUACUGGUCCAGAGGUAGCGUGCUAACAAAGUUAGCAUGCAUGGGAAGGAGUCGCCUGUGGUGGAUGCAAAACUGAAGCUUUCAACAGAAUCAACCGACAUCUCACCGAAUCGAGAGGGCUGAGGCAACAGUGACAUGAACCCAAGCCACAAUAACUUCAUGAAGCCGAGUUGCAGCAGCAGUGGCAGCAGCAGCAUCACUGAGCUGCUGGGUGCCCUGUGUGACUACAGCUUAUCUGGAGUAUCAUGGAAGCGCAGAGCCCUGGGAGGAGUAUCAAGAGAAGGUGUCCGCAGAAUUUUGAAGAGACGUGCCUACGGUGCCCUACUGUCAAAACUAUUUCAAGAUGGCAACAAAGAUUCACUCUCAGGAUCAUGUGCCACAACUCGUACACCACCCAGAAACAAAGUCCUGAUGAUUUGUUUUGACUUGCGAGUGGCAGGGUGCAGAGAGGAAGCAGAGAGUUUAGAGGAUGAGCUGGGGAGGCUUCCAGAGGGUGCAUCCUCUGGCCUGAUGGAAGUAGACACAGUGCUUGAGCUCCUUGUGCUCCUAGCUGGUUCAGCACCUCCACCAGCUACUUCUUUCAGCCGGGACUAUGUGAGACGAGAGCGGCCAGUGCUACGGAGACCUCGACCCUGGUCCUAUCAGAGCAAGGAGUUGCAGAGACUAGAGGCUCGGGCCUGGGGACUAGUGUGUGGGGAGGAAUGGGGGACCUUGGAGAGUUUGUAUUGCACUCAGAGGUUGUUGGAUGCCCCUCCGGGCACAGGGCUGCUGACUCUGAGAACUAAAUUGGACGCAGAAGAAAGAUUUGACAAGGAGACCAGAAUGUCACUGUUUGGAGCACUACAGCAUACCCGCACUUCUGAUAUAGACAUAAGACUGGACCUGCCCCCUGUUCCCAGUAAUAUUGAAGUAACUGGACUGGCUAUCAGGGUCCCACCAUCUUUCGAUCAGUCUGAAGAUGAAGGUUUCCAGUCAGCCUCCAACCUUACCCCAGACUCGCAGUCAGAGUCCAGCCCCAUUCCAGACUUUGAUAUAUGGGAGGCUGUCCGUACCUUUGAGCCACAAAGACGCCGAUGUUGGGAGUCUGUUGGAUGCCCACCAGGGAAAAGGGAGUCUCUCUACCUAACAGAGGGAGGCAGAGAAGCCUUUGACCAGCUCUAUCGUCUGUGGGAGGGAGAGAUGAGGGUAGUGAGCACUGGUACACCCUCUCCUAUCCUCUCACUGCCCCUGGACUCUCAGACACAACUGGUAUCUGACCUCCUCAAUGUCCUCAUCGGUGUGGCAUCUACAACCUUCCCUCUUAAUCAGAGCGUUCAGUUUGAUGUCAGACCUGGCGUGUGCGUGUCGGGAGCGUCUACAGAGAGCGUUUCUCGUCUCUUAGGGGAGCUGGUCCAGUAUGGCACUUAUUACUUGAGACUUAGCCGCUUCUCUCUGAAGAGUGCUGACAAGAAGGGCCUAGUCUUCCAGGCUUUUACAGGAGGUCUGAGGAAGUACUUGCAUUACUACAGAGCCUGUGUUCUCAGUACUCCGCCCACCCUCAGCCUGUUGACUAUCAGCUUUCUCUUUCGGAAAGUCGGUCGCCAACUCAGGUAUCUGUCAGAGCUCUGCUGUGUGGACGGGCCUUUGGGUGCAGGCCAGGCUACCUUCCCUGUGGGUGUUAAACUGAUGUCCUACCUGUACAAUGAAGCACAGAAUAACUGCAGCAACGAGAACUAUCCCGUCCUUCUGUCACUGCUGAAGAGCAGCUGUGAACCAUAUACAAGGUUUGUAUCUGACUGGGUGUACAGCGGCGUGUUCCGAGAUGUUUAUGGAGAAUUCAUGAUCCAGGUCAAUGAGGAUUACCUCAGUUUCAGAGACAAACACUUCUGGGUUCAAGGCUACACUCUGAUCUCAAAGGAUGUGGAGGAUUGUGUUCCAAUCUUCCUGAAACACAUCGCUAAUGAUGUGUAUGUCUGUGGAAAGACCAUCAACCUGCUCAAAAUCUGCUGCCCUCAGCAUUACAUCUGCUGGUCAGAGCUGCCAGUGCCUCGCAUCGCUGUCACCUUCUCCCUUCAGGAGGUUGAGGAGAUUGAGAGGGACUGUGCAGUGUACCGCGGACGCAUGGAGAGGAUUGCCAAGCAUAGUGCCAUCAGCAGGGAGGAGAAGGCCCUGCGUACAGAGCAGACACGCCAAGAGCUGAUCAAUCAGGUCAGAGAGUCAGCAGCCAAAACUCUGGAAAGCAUCCGUGGGCGGCAGGUGUCACAACGUCUGGCUGAAGAGGCCAAGAAGAGGGAGCGUUUUGAGGAGCUGAAGCAGCACCUGGAGCAGGAGCAAGAGUGGAGAAAUUCAGCCAAGAAGAAGCAGGAGGAUGAUGACUUCAGCUUUGCCAGAGAGUUGAGGGACCGCGAAAAGAGACUACAGGCUCUGGAGGAGCAGCUGGAGCAGAGAGCCAGGAAGGAGCUGAUUGCGCAGUACAGUCGUCUGUCAGAUGAGGCUGCCCGCAGAGAGAGACGGGCCUUGUGGAGAGUGCAGCGAAUGAGACUUGAUGAAGCUCGUGUUCAGUUCCUAAGUAAUGAAAGCCAGCAAAUCCAGGCAAUACUAGAGAAAUAUCCAUUGGGUCAGGUGAGACCUCCAGAGGUUUUGCCACAUGGAACCUCAUCACAACAGACUGCACCACAGCCAACACAGGUAUCUCCUAAUCAUGAGCCAUCUGAGCAGCAGCCGGCAGAGACCCAAGAAUCCGAUAGAGUAUCACCUGCACCUGACCUCACAGCAGACCCUACCCUCAUUUCUGAUGACAAUAACAUCAGUGAUUUUCUCCCCAAGUCACCAAAUCCUGACACUCGGCAACUGGAUAUGGCCCUUGAAGAGAUUGGCUCUGGCCCACCUGAACUCUGCUCUACAGCACAACUAGUUGACUAUGACUUCAGUGCCCCCUUUAGUCCACUUGAGGGAAUGACUGGUCAAGUCUCAGUUCACUCAAGGCCUCACUGGGGCCCUGCUGUCCAACCUGACUUGAUCAAAACCCACCCCUCUUUUUCUCACAUCCCUAUUGGAGAGAAUAUGUCUCAAGUCCAAGAGCGUGUCCCCAAAGCCAGCCCCUUUGGUCAAGCUUCCAAAUCCAGCUUUUCUUUCGGCCAGUACUCCCCAGAGGAUCACCGAAAUAAAUGUGAGGCCAGUGUUUACCGACGUCCGUCUCUGGAUGGGACUGCUUCAACCACACAUGACAAGCAAGAGGAGGAGACUUUGAUGAGGACUUUAUCAGGCGUGAAAGAAGAUGAACAUAAAAUUGCUGAACCUACAAAUGAAAAUAAUGUGGUUGUUACUUCCCCCUCCAAUAUUCCAGGUCCAGGCAGUGGUGACCAUAAAGCAGUGAAAAAUGUUGGAGUUAAAAUACCGGACACCCAAAGCUUUGAUGAACAAGGCGAAGCUGGGAAAAAUGUUUCUUUGCCAAACAUUCAUGGUCAGGUGUCAAGUUCACACCUAAAGGUUGGCGAGCUGGUUUCAGAUAUUGUUGUUCCUCAACCAUCACUCAACAUUCAUGGACACUCCUCCGAUGCGCACAUGAAGGCUGGAGAGUUUGUAUCGGAUGUAACUGCUGCUCUUCUAUCCCCCAACAUCCACAGUCAUGCCUCAGAUUCCCACAUCAAGAUCGGAGAACAUGUGUCAGAGGUUGCUGUUUCUCUACCUUCCACAAGUGUUCACGGCCAUGCUUCUGAUGCUCACAUCAGAGUUGGGGAAAAUGUGUCAGAAUUCGUUGCUCCUCUACCUGCUCCAAAUGUCCAUGGCCAUGCCUCAGAUGCUCACAUUACAGUUGGGGAAAAUGUGUCAGAAUUCUUUGCACCACUCCCUACUCCCAAUAUCCAUGGUCACUCUUCUAAUGCGAAUAUAAAAGUGGGUGAGUUUGUGUCCAAUGUAUCCGAAGCACUACCUCACUGGAGUAAGCAUGGGCAUGCAUCAGACUGCACGCUUCAGCCAGGAUGUGUGGUAUCUGGACUUCAACCAGUCCCGUCUCCUUUGCCCGGAAGCUCUUAUGGUCACUCCUCUGACUCAGCGUUAGUUAUUGGAUGUGUGGUUUCUGGAGAUGAGCCCAGUUUUCCUCUUCAACCUGGAAGCGCCCAUGGCCAUUCUUCGGACUCAACUUUAGGUGGUGGGUGUGUUGUGUCAGGGACUGGAACACUUCCAUCUCCACUACCAGGCAGCGCUUAUGGUCACUCCUCAGACUCAGCGUUAGUUAAUGGAUGUGUAGUUUCCGGAGAUGAACCCAGACGUCCUCCUCUACCUGGAAGUGCCCAUGGCCAUUCUUCAGACUCAACUUUAGGUGGUGGGUGUGUUGUGUCAGGGACUGGAACACUUCCACCUCCACUACCAGGCAGCUCUUAUGGCCACUCCUCAGACUCAACAUUGGGUGUAGGUUGUGUCGUCACAGGGACGGAUCCACAACCCUCUACACUUUCUGGCAGUGCUUACGGCCACUCUUCUGAUUCUUCACUUGGAGUUGGAUGUGUAGUGAAGAGCAAAGUUGGUGGCGACAGUAAAGGUUUUAAGUUAGAGAGUGCCAGUGAGCAGCUGCUUGAGGACAUUGGGACAUGGGCAGCAAACUUUGGUUUGUCCCCUGGAGAAAGGUCUGAGCAGGAAUACCUCUUCACUUUGUCUGCUCAGUACGAGGUGGACCAAUAUGAAGACAGCUACAACCUAAUGGCUUCAUCCCCCGAGUGUCAGCUGCUGAAGCAGGUAACUCGGGGCCCCUGGGGCCUUCCCAUGGACCCGACACUCCGCAGAGCUACAGACACAACCGCCGUCCAGCUCAGCGAGAUGGUGUCUCUGCCAGUUCUGAUAAAACACUCUGUCACUACUCCGCUCAUCACACAUGUGUCUUUGGUGAACAAAGCGGUGGUGGACUACUUCUUUGUGGAGCUGGGAGUGGAAAGGCACUUUGAGGCGCUGCGCCACUUCCUGCUGAUGGAGGACGGCGAGUUUGCACAGUCUCUCAGUGAUCUGCUCUUUGAAAAGCUGGGCAGUGGUCAGACUCCUGGCGAGCUGCUGACUCCUUUGGUCCUGAACUCCAUCCUAAGCAAGGCCUUGCAGUACAGCUUACAUGGUGACACUCCACUGGCUGCCAACUUCACCUUUGCCCUUCGCUUCUUCCCCGAGACGUUUCACCCACAUGCCCCCGACUCUCUCAACUGUCUGGAGCUACGCUACAGGGUGGACUGGCCACUGAACAUCAUCAUCACGGACAGCUGCAUGAACAAAUACAACCGCCUGUUUUCAUUCCUGCUGCAGCUUAAACACAUGGUGUGGAGCCUCCGUGAUGUCUGGUUCCACCUCAAGAGAACAGCACUGGUGAAAGGUGCAGGUCGCUCGGUGCAGUUUCGUCAGCUGCAGCUUUACAGACACGAGAUGCAGCAUUUUGUCAAGGUGAUACAGGGAUACAUCGCCAACCAGAUCCUGCAGGUGUCGUGGAGCGAGUUCACCGCCAAGCUGGCCACUGCCAGCGACCUGGACGCCAUCCACCGCACACACGCAGACUACCUCAACAGAGCCAUCUUCAGGGGUUUGCUGACAGAGAAAGCUGCUCCAGUCAUGAACAUCAUCCACAGCAUUUUCAGUCUGAUCCUCAAGUUCCGGGCUCAGCUGAUCACGCAGCCAUGGGACACCCAGCACGGGGAGGCGGUGCACCCCAGCUUCAUUGCCAUGCAGCAGUCGUACAACACCUUUAAGUAUUACUCACACUUUCUUUUCAAAGUGGUGACCAAGCUGGUUAACCGAGGAUACCAGCCUCAUCUGGAGGAUUUCCUCCUUCGCAUCAACUUCAACAACUACUACAAGGACUCCUGAGUGGUGUGCUGCAGUGUCAAAGCUGUGUAUGAGCUUGUUGUCCAAAUUAAAUAGAUCAAUUUAAUUGUUUACACGUUUAGAAUCUCCAAAAUUAAGUUUGAAAAAAAAAAACAUCAACAACACUCCUGGACUGUACAGUAUAUUAAGGAAUGGUUUGACAUUGAAACCACAUUAGGAAAUUAACCUGCAUCAGUUUGCAGGAUCUGAGCUACAUGCCUGCUGCUUGAUUAAUUACACUGCUUCUUAAAACUGUAUGCUGCCAAAGUUUGUAAUUGUGAUGAACCUAAUGCCCACUGUAAUGCCUCCCGUGCUCAGUUGGGCCUCCGGCUGUGUAGAAUGUAAAUGCACAUAAACGUAAUCGCAGUUCUAUGUAAAUACAAGGGAUAAUGCGUUCUUUAAUAUAUGCAAAUAUCAUUUGCUGUUGGAUCGUAAAGAUUUUUUUUUUUAUGAUGUAAAUAAACAUUCAUUGAGUGAAAAGUAUCAAAGCAUAUGCAUUUUUCCAAGAAAAGAAGGAAAAGAUAUGUGCAAUGCAUAGUUGUAAAUGACUCUAUCGACUUCCAUUUACAAAAGACUUUCUUUUAACUGUGAAUUGUGCUUUUAUUCUUCAAUUAACAGGCUGCAACUGUCAUCUUUCUCAUAGUGUCGUCCAUUAUUUACGUCAGUUACGCCAUGAUUCGUGAGUAUCUCAUCAUCAUCACCUCUAAUUAUCACUUCACUGGCAGAAAAAGCAGUUCUACACAAAGUUUCCACUUUGUACUAAAGAGCUCUGGUGUAGCGGUAGCGGGAGAAGCAGAUGCCAGGCAGAAUGAAGUAACUUUCCUGUUGAUUUCAUUCACACGGAGCCUUAUGGCAUUUUCCCGGCAUGUUACACCUCAGAUGUGUUGGAAAUUGAAAUUAAAGACACGGAGCUGCACGGCGUUCUAGAGGGAAGGAUGUGUUUCACAGAUCAAUUACUUUCCAUGUGCUUUCUGCUCUGAUUAGUAUUCAUAUGAAUCUGCCCAGUCUGCCUACGUGUGUUACUGUAACCAUCUGGAGGUUUUCUGAAGUAUUACAGCUCAGUGAAGAAAUGAUAAUCUUCUCAAAAGAGAAGGAGCGAAAACAAUUUAAUCAGUCUUACUGCGUUUGUCUCUGAAAGAUUUUAAUGCAAUCGAGUGAUUUAACAUCAUACAGACAAUUAGACAGAACAUAUUUACACAGGCGUUCAAGAAAUUGAGUGCAAAGAAGUUUUUAACUGUACAAAAAAAUAUCGGGGCUCCUCGAAGACAUGGCAUGCGGAUCAUUAUGAUAAGACUGGAUUUGUACAAGUAGAGAAGAGGUGGGUCAAACUUGACAUUAAUUCAGUUUUAGUGGUAAGCUUAGAUAGUCGCUAUACAGAGUCAGAGUAGACUCACUAAUGCCUAUUGUUUCCACAGCUUCAAGACACAUAGUUAUGCUCACAGAAUAACAAGAACAAGCAACGCAGCAGUCACUGCUCGGCAGAUAAAAUCAACACGACAAAGUCUUUAACCAGAUCUUUAAAAAAAAAGCCCGCCAAACGUCUCAUUUGGUACAUUCUGUAGCCAUAAAAUGUUAUUAAAACAGACAUAAACAUUGGAGGUGCAAUCAUGUUUCCGUACUAAUAAAAGAUAAUAAACUCUCCAAACGGUAUUCAAACUAUAUAAAAUUAAAAUAAAUGCAAAACUAAACUCAAGCAAAUGAUUUCACUACCUUGUGGUUAACAAAAUAUCGUCCCUUUGUACCAAUGCUGUUAAAAUGUGGAAAAGCAGAUGUAAGGGUGCAGCCAUGGGAUAUGAUUUAAGAUCCAGGUAACUCGCCCUGUAAACGUCUCCUUCAUUAUCACAACCUAUUAUUAUCAGUGGAGCUGUAGUAACACUGGGUUAGUGGAAGUGUUAUUGAUGCAGUACCAGAGUUCGAGUUUAGUGGUCAUGUUGAAACCUUCAAUCAGCCUGUCGCUCUAGUCCCUCGUACUAGGCUUCAGACUCCAGGUCUUCUUGUCCUGCUCCAUUGCUUAUGUCGCCUGUCUCUGGCUCCAGCAGCAGGAACUUCCCAUCGUUGGUAAAUGGCAUGUUCUUCAUCAGCUGGGCCAGAGCCUCUGGAUCCUGAAAGAAAAUGGUUGAAUCUGAAUGUACAUUUGUAUUUAAGAUCCUCAGCCUGUGGCCAAAUGAUUACCUUUUAUUCUGUUAAAUUUGGGGGAGGUUUUAGUGUUGACCACUGCCCUCUAGUGGUUGUAUUCCUGACUAGCUUCAUUUACACCUUCAAUUUACAAUUUGUUUUAAAUCUGGUGAUUUGCCAUACACACAAUAGUAAAGCAUGUUUAAAAAGACAAGGAUUAAGGUCUUUUUUCAAUACAUUAUAAAUAUGGUCCAUAUGAUUUAAUUGGCAGAAAGUUUGGGGGCAUGUGAACUUUGGAGAAAAAAAGGUUGAUCCUCAUGACAUUGUCUUGAUUUUUGUCAGUGGGAACAUAAUAAAAUAUGUAUUUUAUUGUUAAUUA